UAGGACUGUGACUGUGGAAAUGUCUGGACGUGGAAAAGGCGGCGCUGGCAAAGCUCGGUCCAAAGCCAAAUCUCGCUCGUCUCGGGCUGGACUACAGUUCCCGGUCGGCCGGGUUCACAGACUCCUAAGAAAGGGCAACUAUGCUGAGCGGGUGGGUGCCGGAGCCCCGGUCUAUCUGGCUGCUGUGCUCGAGUAUCUGACGGCCGAAAUCCUCGAAUUGGCCGGCAACGCGGCCCGGGACAAUAAGAAGACCCGCAUCAUCCCCCGGCACCUGCAGCUGGCCGUCCGCAACGACGAGGAGCUGAACAAGCUGCUGGGAGGGGUGACUAUCGCUCAGGGCGGUGUGUUACCCAAUAUCCAGGCUGUCCUGUUGCCCAAGAAAACCGGCGCUGCCAGUAAGUGAAGCGACGUAAGCUGAAUCUAAUUCUCCAAAGGCUCUUUACAGAGCCACUUACAAUGUCUGUGGAAGGGCUGAGCGGCGGGUUCUAUCCGUCGGUUUGAUAUCCUGCAUCUGUCAGUGCCUCGACAUGUUUCUUCCGCGAAAGAAACUGGAAUAAAUCUGCACAGAAACCGGUUCGUUUCAGUCCCGGCUUGUUUUCCCCUUUCAGCAGACCGAAUGAGCUCUCUCCCCUUGCAGAGAGUCAGCGGGUUCAUGAAAUGUACUUCCGGAGUCAGCCCCGAGAGGGAGAAUUUAAUCUCCGAUCACUGAACGACUCCGCUCUUCAUCACCUAGAACCGCGUUGUCUGGGUUCCACAUUACGGGUUGACUCCGGACCGUUCCGGUGUGCAGAAGGAGGGAACAUUGCCUGUUCGUUGCUUCAUGAGCGAUUCCCAUCGCCUCACAGAAAAAUAACAUUUGCGUUUUACAUUUCAGAAUCAAGUUUAUUAUCACCGGCAUGUGACGUGAAAUUUGUUAACUCAGCCGCAGCAGUUCAAUGUCAUACAUAAUCUAGAAGAUAAUUAUAAAAUUAUUAAUUAAAAUAAAACAUAAUAAAGAAACAAGUAAAUC